CGCGGAUCCCCUUUGUCUGUCCAUCCUUUGACCUUCUGCCUUGGCCUGUUCGGCCUAUUGCUGUCGUCGACAGGGCGCUCGUGUUGCUGCUCGAUUCUUACCGCCGAGGUGGUGGCGCGCUAGGACCACGCACACUCAUAUUUCCUCCGCCGUCGGUUUCGCGUCGCACCUGUUUCCCUCGGACCAACCGUAAGACCGUCCUUGUUGUAGGCUGCGCCACGUCUGUUUGUACCACAUCCAUCUGCGAACGAAAAACUCCCUGCCAUCUCGACCCCUCGCCUCCGUAGCCGCUCGCAACCAUGUUUGGAGAAGCGGAUGCCCAGAUCGAGCGCGCAAAGCAGCUGCAUCCGUCGCCCCCCAAGGGACAGCCCUACAGCAUUCCGCUGCCCGGCACCGCGACAGAGGGAAGGACUGCCAUUUACAGGCAUUGGAGGUUCGCCGAUAAGCCACUCUUGGAGAGACUGGUUCCCGAGAUCAGCACACCACACGAGGCAUUCGAGAACGCGGUUGCGAAGUGGCCAAAGAGCAAUUGCCUCGGCCACCGCCCAUACGACGCCGCCACCAAGACAUUUGGCCCGUAUGUCUGGGAAGACUACGAGACGGUUGCAAAGAGGAGAACCAGCUUUGGCGCCGGUCUCGUCCACUUGCACAGACAGGCCGGCGUGACUGCGCAAAAUUACGGUGUUGGGCUGUGGUGCCAGAACAGGCCUGAGUGGCAGAUUACCGAUUUGGCCUGCAUGUCCCAAAGCCUCUUCACCGUCUCCAUCUACGACACGCUGGGCCCGGACACGACCGAAUACAUCAUCAACCAUGCAGAGUUGACGUGCGUUGUUGCUGGAAUGAACCACGUCGCAGCCCUCUUGAAGCUGAAGCCGCGGCUCCCAACCCUGAAGCUCAUUGUCGUGCUCGACCCCUUGUCGGCUGGCGAGCUUCCCGGAGAGUCAAAGGGCGACCUUUUGAACUCGCUCGCCAGCGAGCAAGGCGUGUCGAUCCACUAUAUCCGAGAUGUCGAGGCUUUGGGCGAGAGGCAGCCGCUCCCAGUGAACCCACCCUCACCCGACGACAUCGUCACCAUCAACUACACUUCUGGAACAACUGGAAACCCCAAGGGCGUUGUCUUGACCCACCGCAACGCGCACUCUGCAACAUGCGCGAGCUUUGUGCUCACGGGUACCAAGCCCAAUGAGAUCAUCUGUUCCUUCCUGCCUCUUGCGCACAUCUACCAGCGCCUAGGAGAGCAUUCGGCGCUGGCGUCUGGUUCGGCAAUUGGCUACUUCCACGGAAACAUUGUCGAGCUUGUCGACGACCUCAAGAUGCUGCGACCGACCAUCUUCACCGGUGUCCCGAGGCUCUACAACAGAUUUGGAGCAAAGAUCAAGGAGGCGACGGUUGACGCGACCGGCAUCAAGGGAGCAUUGUCGCGCCAUGUCGUGUCUACAAAGCUCGCGGCGGUCAACGACAAGCACAACCCGACUGACAAGCACAUGCUGUAUGAUCGCAUCUGGGGCAAGAAGGUAUCGGCUGGUAUUGGUCUAGAUCGCUGCAAGGUUUUGCUCACGGGUUCUGCGCCCAUCGACCCUAGUCUGCAACAGUUCUUGCGUAUCGUAUUUGGAAGCAGCUUCAAGCAGGGAUACGGCCUGACGGAGACGUACGCUGUUUCAUUGGUUCAGCAGGAUGACGACUAUACCGCCGGCAACUGCGGUGGUGUUGCAGCAAACGCCGAGUUGGCUCUCGUUGACGUGCCGGACAUGGAGUAUUUCUCGACCGACAAGCCGUACCCCCGCGGUGAAUUGGUUGUCCGCUCCGGAUCGCAGUUCCGGGAAUAUUUCCGCAACGAGGAAGAGACGGCAAAGGCAAUCGAUGCUGAUGGAUGGUUCCACACUGGCGACAUCUGCUCCGUGGACGAACUGGGCCGUUUCAAGGUCAUCGACCGCAAGAAGAACGUUCUCAAGCUCGCACAGGGCGAGUACAUUUCGCCUGAGCGCAUUGAAAACGCCUACCUCGCAAACUGCAACUACAUUGCGUCUGCCUACGUGCACGGCGACUCGCACCAAGCUUUCCUUGUUGCCAUUUUUGGCGUUGCGCCGGACCUGUUCCCGCAGUUUGCGUCAAAGGUUCUUGGCGAGACGAUUGCCGUAGGCGACAUGGAGAAGCUCAAGGAGGUUUGUCGGAACAAGAAGCUGGAGAAGGCCGUGUUGAAGGAGCUGGACAAGGUGGGACGCAAGAACAAGUUCAACAGCUACGAGCGUGUGAGGGCUGUGAGGCUGUUUGUGGACCCCUUUACCAUUGACAACCAGCUCUUGACCCCAACAUUGAAGCUGAAGCGUCCCCAAACGGCAAAGGCGUUUAGGCAGCACCUUGACGACUGCUACGAAGAAGCGCUGGCGGAGGAAUCUGGACCCAAGGCGAAGCUAUAGAGGGCGCACUUGCAUUUGUGGCGUAUUGGAGCCGUUCCAUAUUUUCUUUCUCAGCUCGGGGAUGGUAGAGUUCACCGUGCACCACGUGUGCCGUGGUACUGCAUGUAGAUGGCUUUGAAUGUACGAGUAUUUGGAUCAUUACCACCACCGCACAUGACCACCAUGCAGCAUGGACAAUGCAAUGUCAC